AUGUGUCCUGACUCUGGUCCGUCCGUGAAGCAGGACCAAGUCCUGUCAGUAUUCUGUAUCAUCGUCAUCCCCAUGUUAAAUCCACUGAUGAUCCAAGAUGACUUACUUCUUUUUUGGGCGUGGAAAUAUAGUCAUGUCCUCCUUUCAUCUUUUCUUCAGCAAAUGGCAUCAGGAAGGUCCAUGGACUGGAAAGGCAACCACUCCUCCGUGACCGUGUUCGUCCUCGUGGGUCUCUCAGAUGAAAAGGAGCUGCAGCUCACCCUCUUUCCUAUAUUCCUGGCAAUCUACAUUGUGACUCUCCUCUGGAAUGUAGGCCUUAUCCUCCUGAUAAGGAUGGACUCUCACCUGCACACCCCUAUGUACUUUUUCCUCAGUUUUCUCUCAUUAAUAGACAUAUGCUAUUCUUCUUCCAUUAACCCCAGGACAAUUUCAGAUUUCUUAAAAAAGGAAAAAACAAUUCCCUUUAUUGCCUGUGCAAUUCAAUAUUUUGUUUUCACCUGGAUGGGCCUCUCUGAGUGCUGCCUCUUGGCUGCCAUGGCCAUCGACCGAUACGUGGCCAUUGACAGGCCUCUGCAAUACUCAGCCAUCAUGUCUCCUGGCCUCUGUUGGAGGAUGGUUGCAGGGGUCUACCUGACUUGUUUAUCUAGUAGCUUCGCUCAAGCAGUCUCUUGCUUUAACCUCCACUACUGUGGCCCAAAUGUCAUUCAGCAUUUCUUCUGUGACAUCCCACAGAUUCUUCCCUUGUCUUGCUCCGAUCCCUUCAUCAGUCAAACAAUUCUUCUUCUGGCAGCUAUUUUCAUUGUUUUUGGUUCUUUUCUUGUUACCCUUUUGUCCUAUGGUUUUAUUGCAGUUUCCAUCUUGAAAAUGUCUUCGGGUAAAGCUAGUGCCAAGGCCUUUAAUACCUGUGCCUCCCACCUGACAGCUGUGACUCUAUUUUUUGGCACAGCUCUCUCUGUGUACAUGUGUCCUGACUCUGGUCAGUCCGUGAAGCAGGACAAAGUCCUGUCAGUGUUUUAUGUCAUCAUCAUCCCCAUGUUAAAUCCACUGAUCUAUAGUCUGAGGAACAAGGAGAUCAAAGAAGCCCUCAGGAGGGCAAUAAAGAGAGUAACAUACUAA